GGAUGAAGUUGUGGAGUUGCCACCGGUCCGGACUCCGGAAAUAUUUUUCGUUCACCCACCUUCAAUAUCCUGGAAGGGUCAAACUGACUUUAAGUCUCUACGAUGGCAGAAUAUGCUCUAAACAUUGGGGACGGCCCCCGGCCGGAAGAUGUGGCCAUUAUCCGCGAGCUGUACCAGGGGAACCAGGACCAGGAGCGGUUCGAGGUGGAGCUGGAGCGUGCCCUGGACGCCCGCUGCCACACCAUCAUCAUCGAGCCCGCCCGGCUGGGCGACGAGACUGCCAGGUGGAUAAACGUGGGAAACUUCCUUCACAAGACUGCGGUGCUGUCGGGAAUUGGAGCUGUCCUUUCAGGUGCCAUCUGGACAGAGCGUCCGGUGGUCUCUGUACCGUGCGCCGGUCUGUCGCUCUUCUGUACGGCCCUGUACACCAUCAGCUGGCAGUUUGACCCCUGCUGCAAGUACCAGGUCGAACACGACGCCAGCAAGCUGCUCAAGCUGCCUCUGCACUCUCUGAGCUCCGGCUCCCCGGUGGUACUGGUCCGACGGGACGACUCCAGUCGGAAACUGCUCCACUGUACCGUCACAGCGCUGGCGGUCACCUUCUGUGUGUGGAGGAUGCGACAAAGCUGAGAGAAACCACCCACGCUACCACCCCCGCCGCCCGGCCGCCCUCGCUAGGAUGCUGUCGUUCGGAACGCCUCUGCGUCACCACAAGAGAGGGAUGUCCCUGGCAUUGGCACCAGUCGUUGCUGUUGCUUCUAAAUACUACGGUUGGUACGUGCAGUGGUGUGGGACAAGGUUAGUGCCGUGCCGUGGAUGCCGGGCGGUGCUGUGUUAGGCACAGGACAACAGGUAAAGAGGUGUGUUGAAGAAAUGAAAACGGGAAUGAGAUGGUAAGACACUAGUGUGAAGGUAUCUGUGACCGGUAUUUUGAAGUCCCGGGGACAUUCGUGGAGUUUAAGUGGGUAGACGGUCAUCGUGAGUGUUGUUUAGUACGAGGCUAUACACACUUUGGGAUGAAGACCCGUGGAAGCCAUGAAGUGCCGGGUCCAAUAGAAGACCGGCAAGACAUGACCAGUAGGAGGUCUGUUGUGAAGGGAUAGUUUCAAGACCGUGUUGAACAUUCGGACAACGGAGCUGUUCGUUUCAUUUUGCUUGGACAGCGAAGGGUGGAAAGCUACGUUACAUGUUCGUAGCGUUACGUAACGUUUUGUUUGGACGAAAGCGUGUGGGUUUUCUUCCAGUGACUGAUGUGUGUUGAUUAAUAAGCUAGUGAUAGCGAAUCCAUGCUUAUUUGGAUGUGUUUACGGCAUUAAAGCGGCGAAGAGACAGCACCUACCUUGUUGAGAACUUGAUAAGUGAAAUUUUGCAGUCAUCAAGUUAAAAAAAAAUCCGUAAGUGAGACCUACAGUCAUGUUUCUUCAAUUUCUGGAAUGUGCUUUUUCUGAAAGUUCGGAGCCGGCUGCGUUUGACUGACGGAUAUUCAGUCCUUUCACGUUGUGAAUGUUCCAGAACUGACGGCUAAUUCCGCUCAUAGCGCUGUGCAGCGAAGCGAUGCUUGUGUGGUCCAUUGUAUGUCGAUUGUCUGUCACUCGGAGUUGGUGAAUCGCGUUGUGCCGGAGUUGGUGAGUUGAGUUGUGCCUCUGAGAGUGCUGUGAGUCGUGCACGCAGGCGCUGUGAGUUUUGGGUGAUGUGAGUCGCUGUGAGCUCUCGUCAGCUCAUGUCAGUGGCUUGAAUGGUGACUGUAAAUGAAUCGUUUUCCCACUUACUGUCCCUUCUUCUUCUCCUCCUCUUCAACUUUGGACUCUCUUUGGUCAUAUCCACAUUGCGUGGCCAACACAUAUCUACUCAUGUAAAAAUUGCAUCCAUUAGGCUCGACUUUAAUGUCGUUUGAUGGCAAUUUACCCAGGCACCAGACAGUAAAUGAUUCCUCUCUAAACUCGGCCUACGAAUUUCGGUAAUCCGGCAUAUCCUAACACCAUUUUCAUCCAGUGUCAUUUCUCUUUGUAUGUCGUGUGUUGUUCCAGGUUCGCAAAUGUGUGAUAAAAGUGAUCACUAUCAGUCGAUCAGUGCUUGAAUGACCGAUUGUCGUGUCAAUAUGCCCCAUGUCAAACCAGUAGUGUAAGCGUCAAUACUUCCUUGUCCUCCAGUUUAUCGAAUGAACUGGAUUUGGUAACACUCGUGUGGCAAUGUGUGCUCUGCUAGGCGCAUUCGCUGAAUAGUCAGUCAUUCCGUCUUGUCAAGAUUGUGUGCCUCUAGUGCAGCUUCAACCCAAGCAACCUGUGCACAACUGUACGUAAUGCGAGUGAAGACAGCGAUGGCAGUCGUGUAUCCCGUGACGUCAUCUAGGUCGUGAUGACGUCAUCUGCAAUUCACAGCUACAACGACAUGCACAGAGAAACCGGUGGUCGGUUUAGGCAUUGAACUAAGCGAAGUUGUGCUUCAUUGGCCCAAUCAUAUGGCUAGCUGCAAUAAGAGUGAACUAGCCAAUCGAGCCGAAUGUGCAAGGAAGGAGAGGGCGCAAACUGCGAGGCCACCCCGUCGGCUAGAUGUUGAGAUCGGCGGUUGUCGGUGCCGCAAGCGACUGAUGUGCUCUUCCACUAGUGAUAUUAGAUGCUGUAAGGUGAUGAUACGACUGAUUGACACCUAAAAUUGUGGCUGAUUGUGAACGUAUCUGACUUAAGGGCUGUUCACGGACCCUGUGUGCGGUCGGACCGCACACAGCCUCGAAGCUCCGCCCACUUCGUCCCUACGUCAGCCUUCCGUCACCGCACACAGCGAUCGCUGUGGCCGGUCGGGACUGGCCACAGCGGACCGUCCACCGCACGCAGCCGUGACGUCAGACCCGCCUACCCAUCCCCUACCCCCACGCCUGCUGGACGCACCGCACACACCGCACGCAGCAGUGUGCGGUGCCCGUGAACACCCCAGGACUGUGAAUAGCAGUGACUGAUUUCACCGUGACUGAGACUGACCGUGACAUUAUCUGAGUCUGUGACUGAGAAGCGAGACUGCCCAUGACUGACAUUACGACUUUGUUUACCAGUAAUGUUCCCUCUCUGAAAGUGACUGUGGACGAUGGAAAGGACCACCACUAUGACAAUACCGUCUGAGAAACAUUAUAUCAGCCCAAAACUCCCAGAACAUUAGCUCCGAACAGAAAUGUCCCACGCAUCGCGACGACGCAGUUCCUUGUGGAAUUGCAUGAGGUGCUGCGACGGCCCUAGACUGACUUUUCCGCUCGCUACUUUUGCCGCGUUUGUGUUCUACAUCGUCCAUCGAAAUGACGUUUGGAGACUGAGCUGCGAAGCAUUGCACACGUUUUCUCGCUUGCAAAUGGCGAUCUACAGCAGUCAGUAUGACGUGUUCGCGAAAGGUCUAGGGAGACAUGUCCUUUGGCCAGGCACAAUCUGCUAAUGGAAUUGUUGUGUUGGGUUUUGGAACCCAGUAAAGCGCGUGUCAGACAUGGUAAUAAACUCGUUCAUUCA